AAAAAACAAAAAGGGUUUUGAGUUUGACCUUCUUCUCUACUUGGCCGCUCUCUGAGGUUUAUCGAGUGACAGAGCCUUUGCUUUCCCAAUUUUUCAACGCAAUCUAUCAGAGAGGAAGAAGAGUAGUAGCAGAGAUGUUGUACAUUAUAGGAUUAGGUUUAGGAGAUGAAAAAGACAUAACUUUGAGAGGACUCGAAGCUGUUAAGAAAUCUCAGAAAGUAUACAUGGAAGCUUACACUUCUCUUUUGUCCUUUGGUCUCUCUGCUGAUGGUCUUUCCAAUCUUGAAAAGUUUUACGGGAAACCAAUUAUACUUGCUGAUAGAGAAAUGGUGGAAGAAAAGGCUGGUGAUAUGAUUGAAGAAGCUGUUGAUAAUGAUAUAGCUUUUCUCGUUGUUGGUGAUCCUUUCGGAGCUACAACACAUAGUGAUCUUGUUGUUCGAGCUAAGACACUUGGUGUGAAAGUAGAGGUAGUGCACAAUGCUUCGGUGAUGAAUGCUGUUGGGAUUUGUGGCCUGCAGCUUUACCAUUAUGGAGAGACUGUUUCAAUCCCGUUCUUCACCGAGACUUGGAGACCCGAUAGCUUUUAUGAGAAGAUCAAGAAAAACCGGUCUCUUGGACUCCAUACUCUCUGUUUGCUAGAUAUCCGAGUGAAAGAGCCGACUUUUGAAUCUCUUUGCAGAGGAGGGAAGAAACAAUACGAACCACCCAGGUAUAUGACUGUUAAUACAGCGAUUGAGCAGCUUCUAGAAGUUGAGCAAAAGCAUGGUGAUUCAGUUUAUGGUGAAGACACAGAGUGUGUGGGCUUUGCACGGCUUGGCGCUGAGGACCAGAAGAUAGUUGCAGGGACUAUGAAACAACUCGAGAGUGUUGAUUUUGGGGCACCGUUGCAUUGUCUUGUGAUAGUAGGCAAGACUCAUCCCGUGGAAGAAGAGAUGUUAGAGUUUUACAAAUACUAAAGUGCAGAUUCAAAAAAGACCACAAAAAACGAAAGAAAAAUCUUAUCUUUGCUCGAUUGCAAAGCUUCAAGGCGGAGAAAGUGGUGGAGAUGUUACUUUGAGGAAGAGAUUGAAACUAUGGAACCGAUAGGUUUUCACACUUUUCUUCAUUUUUGUUUACUUUCGUUGGUUUUGAUGUUACAUAAGCAUAACUAUAUGAUGUGACUUCGAAUAUGAGACUGAAAGGUGGAUAUUGAAAUAUAUUUUUUGGUUAUGGUAUGAGGCACUUUGUUUAA